GCGAUUUGCGGCUGCGCAGGAGUGACGGGGCGCGGGCGAGUGGGAGGGGGUGUUUUGGUUCUCGCCGCUCGCCGUCCUUUCCAGACCUGGCGGUAGGAAAGCUGCUUGUUCCUGCUUUUCCUUCCCCUUCCCUUCCCCUUCCCCUUUCCCAACCCGGAUUUUCCCUCCUUCCAUUUACGCGCCCCGUUUUGAUCGACUGCUGCCUGGGAUCCGGGCCGGGCGCACGAAAGCGCGCGGCCCCAGGGCCCGGUACAUGACCCGCCGCCCUGCCGCCCCUCGCCUCCUCCGCCCCAUGUGGCUGCGGGGCCACGGCGGCGCUGCCCACUAUGGCCCGGAAAGCAGUUAGCAGGAAGCGGAAAGCGCCUGCCUCGCCAGGAGCCGGGAGCGACGCCCAGGGCCCGCAGUUUGGCUGGGAUCACUCGCUGCACAAAAGGAAAAGACUCCCUCCAGUGAAGAGAUCCCUAGUGUACUACCUGAAGAACCGUGAAGUCAGGCUACAGAAUGAAACCAACUACUCUCGAGUGUUACAUGGUUACGCAGCACAACAACUUCCCAGUCUCCUAAAGGAGAGAGAAUUUCACCUCGGGACCCUUAAUAAAGUGUUUGCUUCUCAGUGGUUGAAUCAUAGGCAAGUGGUGUGUGGCACGAAAUGCAACACACUCUUUGUUGUAGACGUCCAGACAGGCCAGAUCACCAAGAUUCCCAUUCUGAAAGACCGGGAACCUGGAGGUGUGACUCAGCAGGGCUGUGGUAUCCAUGCAAUUGAACUGAAUCCUUCAAGAACACUCCUAGCCACUGGAGGAGACAACCCAAACAGUCUUGCCAUCUACCGCCUGCCUACGUUAGAUCCCGUGUGUGUGGGGGAUGAUGGACACAAGGAUUGGAUCUUUUCCAUUGCAUGGAUCAACGAUACUAUGGCAGUGUCUGGCUCACGGGAUGGGUCUAUGGGACUCUGGGAGGUGACAGAUGAUGUGUUGAACAAAAGCGAUGCAAGCCAUAACGUGUCACCAGUCCCUGUGUAUGCUCACAUCACUCACAAGGCCUUAAAGGAUAUCCCCAAGGAGGAUACAAACCCGGACAACUGCAAGGUGCGGGCUCUAGCCUUCAACAACAAGAACAAGGAGUUGGGGGCGGUAUCACUAGAUGGCUACUUUCAUCUCUGGAAGGCUGAAAAUACAUUGUCUAAGCUCCUUUCCACCAAAUUGCCAUAUUGUCGAGAAAAUGUGUGUCUGGCCUAUGGUAGUGAGUGGUCAGUCUACGCAGUGGGCUCUCAAGCGCAUGUCUCCUUCUUGGAUCCACGGCAGCCAUCGUACAACGUCAAGUCUGUCUGCUCCAGGGAGCGAGGCAGUGGGAUUCGAUCAGUGAGCUUCUAUGAACACAUUAUCACUGUGGGCACAGGGCAGGGCUCCCUGCUGUUCUAUGACAUCCGAGCUCAGAGGUUUUUGGAAGAGAGGCUCUCAGCUUGUUAUGGGGCCAAGCCCAGACUCGCAGGGGAGAAUCUGAAACUAACUACAGGCAAGGGCUGGCUGAAUCAUGAUGAAACCUGGAGGAAUUACUUCUCAGACAUUGAUUUCUUCCCCAACGCUGUUUACACCCACUGCUACGACUCGUCCGGCACGAAACUUUUUGUGGCAGGGGGCCCCCUCCCUUCUGGGCUCCAUGGCAACUAUGCUGGACUGUGGAGUUAAUGACAACUAACGUUCUCCCCAAAUGCAGAUUUACACUAACUUCCA